ACAAUGUCUGUCAGCUCAGUGGGUGCAUCCUUGCAAGCACAACCUACUACUAUAGUCAUAAGUUGUGUGAAGUUGUGACUAUUAAAAAAAUAGAAAAGAAAACAAGUUUGUAUAAUCAAAGGAUGAUGGAGUGAUUUUGGAAAUAAUGGUGAAAGUAAUUUGCUGGAUCUGCUGUACAAGCAUAGAAAUACAAGUGUCCUCGGAUAUGAGUCAACCUUUGUAUUUGUGAACAUUAUUGUAGUAGGGAGGGGCUGAGUGGGAGCAGAAGUACACCGAGGGAGAGAUAGGGAAGACUAACCAGGUUGUCAGAUGGAUACAUCAGCACCUUCAGGCUUCAGAUGUCCCACUCAACUGGCUUUGAUCGUAUUUCCACUUUCCCUUUCAACAUUAUGGAUUUCCUGUCAAUCAGAAGGGAAUUUAUUUUGAUGAAAAGAGCAGUUGAUUGACACCUGUUAUCCUCUUUAAGUGGAUUUCUAAGACAAGGUGGACUGCUUCACUAUGCUGAACCAUCCCUUUCCCACAUGCCUCUUAUUCUCCUGGUUGGUGUUUUGUUGCAACAAGGCAGCCUGUUCUCCUGGGGAGGGCAGGAGUAUCUGGCAGCAGCCCAGACUGAACUCCAUCACCAAAGACCAGGCUUUCCUUCACGGCACCUUCCCUUCAGGAUUCCUUUGGGGCUCAGGGACAUCUGCUUUCCAAACUGAAGGAGCAUGGAACCAGGAUGGGAAAGGUACUUCCAUUUGGGACCAGUUCACUCAUUCCUUUGUCAGUGGUAAUUUAACCAGAGAAACUGCAGAUGUGGCAAGCGACAGCUACAACUACUGGGAAGAAGAUGUGGCAGCACUGGAAUAUCUAGGUGUAAGAUCAUACUCUUUCUCUCUGUCUUGGCCCAGGAUCUUCCCUGAUGGCAAUGCCAGACGUGAGCCCAAUGCGCUGGCUGUCGAGCAUUACAGCUGUCUCAUAGAGAGUCUUCUGGAAAAGAAAAUAGAACCCAUUGUCACUCUUUAUCACUCAGACCUGCCACUGGUGCUCCAGGAACAAUAUGGAGGCUGGAAAAAUGAUACAUUAGUGGGACUUUUUGAGGAAUAUGCUGCAUUUUGUUUCCGGACAUUUGGGAGUCGUGUUAGGUACUGGCUGACGAUGCAUAAUCCGUACCUGGUGGCUGUGCAGGGGUACGGAACAGGUUUGCAUGCUCCUGGAGAGAAAGGGGGUACUCUGGGCUCUCUUACUGCAGCCCACAACCUGAUCAGGGCACAUGCCAAAGCUUGGCAGACCUACAACACUCACUUCCGCGCAACUCAGAAGGGUAAAGUAUCCAUUGUUUUAGGCUCCCACUGGGUUGAGCCUCAAAGAGGCCAAGCCACACCUUCCAAUGCUGCACUUUGUCAGCAAUCAAUUGAGGCUGUUCUUGGCUGGUUUGCCAACCCCAUCUUUGGUGAGGGAGACUAUCCUGUCUCUCUAAAAAUGAAGCACGGAGAUCUCAUACCCAUAUUUACUCCUGAGGAGAAGCUCUGGGUCCAGAAAACUGCAGACUUUUUAGCUCUGUCGUUUGGGCCUAACAAUCUUCGUCUGGGCCGGAACCUGGUCCACUAUGGACAGACUGUAACUCCAGACCUGCGACGCCUCCUGUCCUGGAUAAAAUUGGAAUAUGAGAACCCCAGUGUCCUGUUAGCUGAGGGAGGUUGGUUCUCUGAAGCCAGUGUGGGAAGGGAAGACACAGUGGCCAUCUAUCUUAUGAAGAGUUUUAUCAACCAGGUCUUGCAAGCCAUCAAGCUUGAUGGUGUGCAGGUGUUUGGUUACUCAGCCUGGUCAUUGUUAGAUGGAUUUGAGUGGAAUUAUGGCUACAGUAUUAGACGAGGCCUUUUUUAUAUCGACUUCAACCAACCAAACAAAACCAGGAUCCCCAAAACCACUGCUCAAUACUACAGGCAUGUUGUCACUGAAAAUGGUUUCCCAAGUGAUGAAACGUCUCUAGAGAUCAAAGGCCACUUCCCCUGCAAAUUUCACUGGGGUAUUGCAGACUCCGUGUUACAGGUACAUUUCUAUCCUUUCUCCCCACAAUAUACUGACCCCCAGCUGUACAGUUGGAACCUGACAGGAGAUGGAUCAUUGCAUGUGGUCCCAGGAGUAAAGCUCCACACCAGACCAGCCCAGUGCACUGAUUAUUUGGCUAUCCCUAACCAUCUUCGCCUGUUUGCAUCCACUGGGGCAUCUCAUUACCGUUUUGCUCUAAAUUGGUCUCUGAUUUUACCCCAGGGAGACCGCUCUAAUGUGAACAUUGAGGCUCUAAGGUAUUACCGCUGUGUGCUGACUGAGCUCAAGAAGUUGGACCUGGAUGCUGUGGUCAUCAUGUACUACCCGACACACAGAGCACCUAAUUUGGGCUUACCUGUAUCUUUGCAUUCCUCUGGGGGGUGGCUAAAGUACAGCACACUGAAAGCUUUCCAAGAAUAUGCAGCACUUUGCUACCAGGAGCUUGGUCCCUGGGUUAAAUACUGGAUCACCAUAAAUGAGCCUAACAGACUGAUAGAUGUUUAUACUAAUAGAACAGAGAGGCAUCAGGCUGCUCAUAAUCUCCUUCUAGCCCAUGCAAAAGUUUGGAGGUUAUAUGAGAAGGAAUAUUACAAUCAACAGCAAGGCCUGGUAUCACUUGCACUACAUGCUGACUGGGCAAAACCUGCCAACCUUUAUCUUGAAUCACACAAGGCUGCAGCAGAAAGAUUUCUUCUAUUUGAAAUUGGUCGCUUCUUAGACCCACUUCUGGGGACUAAAUAUGAGGAGAAGCAGAAGCUAGGGGAUUAUCCACAUAAAAUGAAGGAAUACCUAGAGGAGACAGCACAAAAAUUGGGCCUGCCUGCAUCCCCUCUUCCUAGUUUUACUGAGCCAGAGCGUCAGGAGCUGAGAGGGGCAUUGAGUUUUAUCGCCCUAAACCAUUUUACCACCCGUUUGGUUUCUCCUCAUCCCCAUACACAGGCCAAUUUUCAAAAGAAACAAACCCCUGAUCAUGACUGUUUGACACUCUCUGACCCCACCUGGCCCUCCUCUAGCCUGGGUCAGGCUCUAGUUCCAUGGGGUCUUCGGGAGAUGCUGAGAUGGGUGAGCAAGAGAUAUGGCAGAAUUCUGCCUGUCAUUGUUACAGGCAGUGGGAUUGAUGAUCAGGCAACUACAGAGGAUAAACUCAGGCAGCACUACCUGAGAAGUUACCUGCAGGAAGCACUCAAAGCUUACCAUCUUGAUAAAGUCAACUUGCAGGGUUUUUACGUCUGGAAACUCCAAGAUCGCCAUGUGCCCCAGUAUGGCUUAUUCACCUCAACCCAACACCAGUCCAAAGCCAAGGCGUCCAUUGCUGUGUACAGAGAAAUCAUUACUUACAGUGGUUUUCCUAGCAAUGAGACUGUGCAACCAUGCAAGUUUAAUAAGCAGCAGGAAAGCUGCUCCAUAUGUGAAUGGCUGUUCAAGAACAAACCAAUGCUGAUUUUUGGUGGCUGCCUCCUAAUAACGACUGUUAUGUUGGCUGCAGUCGUCUUCUUUGUUGUCAUCACCCAAAGAAAUCAAAGACAAGACAGGGGGAGCAGGCUGAACUGGAAAGAAAGAAAGGAAAAAGCAUCAAUGUGCGUCUGUCUUCAUAGACUGACUAAGUAA